GAGAAAUCUAUGUGUAACUUCCAGCGGCAGGGCCCUGACAGGUGAUGGCUCUAGCUUGUCGGAUUAGCUGCCGUCGCUCGACCCUGCGAUCCGUGCGGGUGCUUGUUGCUGCAUAUUUCGGGCAGCAGCUGCACCUGUCGACAGCAAGGAAGCGAACGCGUAGUGGACGAGCGGAAGCGCUGAUCGAUCUCGAUGCAGAGACCGACGAUGCCGAAGGCUUGCUUGAAGAGGAUCCAAGAGCUCUUGUUACAGGCGAUUCCGAUUCUUCUGAGGCAUCCUCAUCAACGCUUGAAGAGGGCGAGCAUGUUGAUGCCCGGUCGGGGGAACUCGCCGCUGAAGCUGAUCAAGAUCAGGAUGUUGCAUCAUCACUAGCACAGGUGGGCGACAGCCCUGAAGACGAGGCAUUCGCUACUCCCCUGGACGGCGCUCACAAAAGUGAACAAAGUGAUCGAUCGCCUCGUUCUCAAUCUGAUGAAGAAUCUCUCGGAC